UCGCAGUUUAUGUUUGGAAUUAAAGCGUGUAUUUAAUGCUUAUUCUGUCCGGCUUCAUCCUGUUUCAAACAAUCAGACUUUAAAAAAAAUUUUAAAAGUAUUUUCUUGAAUGUCUCCCCGGUUUUUUUUUGCUCCACUUCCCCUGCCCGACUUCUUGUCUCCGCCCACACAUUCCUGUGUGUCUGCCGUUUCGGGAGGAGAGAAAAGGGAAAAGGGAUCCGGCUGGAAACAGUCUGUGGACCUCGAACCGGAGAGGAGAUGAUCCCAAACAAUAACAACAACAUUUCUCAGCCUGAAUCCGACCCAUGAGAAAGCAGCUGUUUACACAAACUAGUGCUCAAUUCAUUUUUUUUUAAUCAAACAAGUUAUUUUUUUUAACUUUUAUUUAAGUUUUGAGUUGAUUUUAAAAAAAAACCCAAACUUUAAGCCAGAGAGGAGAGGAAGAAGACGAAAGGAAGGGAAAAUCAUGGAGAUCCUGGACAGCAGCGAGUCGUUGCUCCACUGGGACAGAAACCUGAGCGAGCUGUCGGAGGCCGGGGAGCUGGACUCCGUGCUCUACACCAAUCACUUCUGUGAGCUCCUGGACGACCUCUCCCCGGACGCUUUGCUGGGCCAGCUGCUCAGCGACCCCUUCCUGUCUGGGGACAAAGGCGGCGUGGAGUCCAUGGAGGGAGAGGACGGCUGCGAGCUGUCCCCGUCGUCUCCUCUGCCCCCGCACAUCACCACCGAGCACAGCUACUCGCUGUGUGGAGACAGCCGGCCUCAGUCGCCGCUGUCGCACCUCACCGGAGAGCACUGCAGCGAAGCAGAGUCUGAUGGAGACUCCCCUGAGUGGGCCAUGGAGCAGGAAGAGGCCAUUGAGGGCCUCCUUUGUGUGACUCCUUCUCUGCUCCCCACUCUUUCGUUCUCUCUGGCCUCCAGUGAGGACCCUCGUGGGCCUGAGGGCCCCGCUUUGGCCCCUGUGGCCCAAACAGCAGCCAGCAGCAUCACCAACCAAGGCAAAGCAAUCAAGAUUAAGGAGGAGAAAAUUAUCCCUGAGAUUAAGCUGGAGCCUCAUGAAGUGGACCAGUUCCUCAAUUUUUCACCCAAAGGCCUGGAGUCCCUGAGGAUGCCUCCCACUCCUCCCAGUUCCCACGGCAGUGACUCUGAGGGCAGCCAGAGCCCCGUCCACGCCCCUCCCAGUAUGUCCUGCCCCACCUCCCCCAGCAGCCCACCUCCGCCUCAGGCCAGCGUCAAGGUGUCUCCGCGCGCCGCGUCCUCCCUGUCCAACUCCCCGCUGCUCACCGCUCCUCAUAAGUUACAGGGGUCUGGGCCGCUGAUCCUGACCGAGGAGGAGCGUCGAACGCUGGUGGCCGAAGGUUAUUCUGUUCCUACCAAACUGCCGCUCACCAAAGCAGAAGAGAAGGCACUAAAGAAGAUCCGCCGGAAAAUCAAGAACAAGAUUUCAGCUCAAGAGAGUCGCAGGAAGAAGAAAGAAUACAUGGAUGCUCUGGAGAAAAAGGUGGAGACAUGCUCCAAUGAGAACAACGAGCUACGCAGGAAAGUGGAAACUCUCGAGUGCACAAACAAGUCUUUGCUGCAGCAGCUGCAGGCUCUGCAGGCGAUGGUGGCAGGAAAAAUCCAGAAGUCGUGCAGGAUGGCAGGCACCCAGACAUCCUCAUGCUUAAUGGUGGUCGUGUUGUGUUUCGCUCUGUUUCUGGGGAGUUUUUACCCGAGCAGCUUCACUCUGUCAUCAAGCAUCACUGAAACAGGCGUGCCAUCCAGACAGAUGCCUGAAUCCUACACAGCUACAGUGAAAAGCAGGAGUUUGCUGUCGACCUUCGAGGACGAGCAGCCGCACCUCCUGGGCCUCGGCGGCGAAUACCCCGAGCAGUGGGAGGACGCGCCGGCCGUCGUCAUGGCAACGUGGCGCCGUUCAGAGCAGCAGAAACUCGGCUCCGAACCGAACCGAGCGGAGAGGCACCCGCCUUUCAGGAACAAAAGCAACGACACGCAGAAGAACCUGCUGCUAGACCUGCACAGGUCGCAGACGGCGAACAGGAGCAGCAGUAAAGUUUUAGAGCUGGAUCGAUCGGUCAACGAGACUUCCUGAGGUCUCACUUCGCCCCAUCCUAAAAGAUUUCUCUGGAGCUUUUUCAUGUGUCCGGAAGCAGCAGCGCCCCCUGUUGACUGACUGAGGUCCGACGCCACCUCUGCUCCAUCAAAUACACUGAAAUUGUAAUAACAAAGAGGCACUGGUUGCCUUGUAUUUCUGAAUUAAAAGUAAAGUUGCACUGAUGGUUUCCGACUUGCUAUAUAUAUAUAUAUAUAUAUAUAUAUAUAAACUCAGAGCAGUGUGGCGUUAUUCCAGAGGAAAUUAUUUUAAAAUUCGACAUGUGAGGCUUUUUACGGGACACUGAUGAUCGUGUAUGAUGAGUCGUGUAUUUAUAGAAACUUUUUUUAUUUCAUUUCUUAAAUGCUUUCAUCCCAUUUUGAUACUAGCUUGUGUUCAUACAUUAUUUUAAUAUUUUAUUUGUAUUCUUUUAUAUUAUAUAUGUAUGUAUUUACGUUUCUGGGGAAUUUGUAUUUAGUCCCGUUGAGAAAAACAAAACCAAGAUUAAUAUUAAGGAUGUUUUCUCAUGUUCAGUUUUGGCUUGUUUGUGUCUUUUGACAGUAUUUUCCUCAAUAAAUGCAAAGAAAAGUGGGGGAAACACUAUUUUAGCUCGUCUGCAGCUUUAGGCUCCUUUUUUAUUCAGUGUCCUUCUGAGGUAUUUAGGUUUGUAUUUGAUUAAAUUUGCCUUUCUUAAAGUAAAAAGACAUUUAAUCAUCGUAAUUCAGCGUUGACCAAAAAUACAUCUUAUAAACUUGGAAAAAAGUUUCUAUUUUUGUAAAUGUGGGUUGUUAAAUGAGGAAAAUUUAAAUGUGUCGGGACGAUCUAUAAUUCAUCCCUGCUCUCUAUUUUUGGCUCUGUUCUGUUGAUAAAUUAUGAACGCUGGCUUUUUGAGCAUUAAAGCAACAUUUUCUCCCUCUCAGAUGUCCUGUUGUCCUGUUUAGCUUAGCCAGUUCAUCAAUAAAGAUAUUGAUGUGAAGCACUGAUGAUCAGUCGUGUACAGUACAUUCCUCACAGUCAGUGCCUUUGGAAACAAACUGGUUCCACUUUGUAAAAAGAACUUCUGUGUUUUUGUGGCUCCCAUGUAAAGUCAGUCUGAACUAGUCUCUUUCUUCUUGCUUUGGAAGUGAAUAAAGUAUUUUCCGUAGUAAAAGCA